UUAACCGAUAGAUCCAGAUCUAGAGAUGUUUACGUUUUGGGAUAAGAAUCUGGCAUUUGUGUACGAAAGGUGAAAAUUUGCAUCAAUUUGUUGUUAUAGGAUGCAGAGCAAUUAGUAUAAUUUAAGAUUCCGUUAUUUGAAUAUUUUUAAAAUGCGUAUCUCAUAUGUGAAUGUUUUACUUUAACUACUUUCAGAAAAUUGCUAUCAUGGGUACAGUAUUGUAUAAUCAUGUUUAUUUCAAUCGAGUUUCCGAAUUUUGACAUAACUAAGAUUUUUUCGCUGAUAUGAAUGCAAAAACAUGGAACAGAGAAACAGACGCAGUCUGGAUGAGGAGAAUGAACGUAUUGUGAUUUGCAGUAGUGCAUCUUAUUGUUACUUUACAUUAUCUAUAUUGUUGUUUUCUGUUGGAACUGUGAUAACUAUUUUAGCUUUAGAUGAAAACGAUGGUGUCUUUUCCAAUCUCACGCAUAUGUGGCUGGUUGGCCCGCUAUUCAUAAGCUCAGGAUUAAUGGUAGCAGUGAAGACCAUAAUGUAUCUAAGAAAAGAGACUAUGAUAAUGUUUUUAACCCGACAAAGAACUUUAUUGCGAGAAUUCCAUUACCCGUCUCUAGAAAUAGGAUUUACAAGGAGCUGUAGUAAUCUGACUAGACCUCCAUCUUACGAAACUGUGAUUGGUGGAACACAGCAGACUUCACAUUUGAUUGCAGAACAUGAUAUUAAUAUGAAUGUAGACAGUAGUUCGUUAAAUGUUGAAAAUCCCCCUCCUUCGUAUGAAGAAGCUGUGCUUCUAAUAAAUCAAAACAGUGCUCAUACUGAAUUUGUAAUUCAGACUUAAAAAUUAUAUUCUGUAUUAUUAUAUGGUCGUCAUAUUAUUUUGAUUUGUGUAUUACUAAAGAUGAGCAAUUUAUGCAUUAUGUGGAAUGCUUUGCUAAUUAAUGAAUUUAUACUUUAUGAUACUUCUCAGUUUUCUUUUAUUACUUAAUAAUAGUAAGGCAUUCAAAAUCUGUUAUUUAGCCUCCUAUCCAAUGCAAUUAUGCCACAGGAUUUUCUUUAUUUUGAUGUCUUCUGUUCCAAAUUAUGACGAAGAUCUGAGUUAUGCAUUGUCAUUUUACUUAAAUUUGUGAUUUGGUAUUUUCUGUUUGAAUUAGACGUUCCAAUAGUGAUAACAUUACAAGCUUCUUUUCUUAAAUUUAACCCUGUUACAGCUUUUUGUAAAAAUAUCUUGCAUGUAUAUAUUAUCUGUUUUUAAAAGAUUGAAUAAUUUACUCAUUUAUGUAUAUUGCUUCCAACCAAGAUGAUAAAUAAGCUGUUUUAUAUUUGAGCAUGAGAACAUGACCAUUAAAAUAAUGUGAGUAAUAAAUCUGUCUUAAAAGACGGAAAUAAUCAUUCUUAAGAAAACAUGUUUAUGAAAUAAUUCUUAAAACAUUUAGAAAAUUUUUGUUAUUGUUAUCUGUUUUAUUCUGAUGUGAAAGUUUUUUUUUUUUUUUUUUUUUUUUUUUUUUUUUAUCACUGUUAUUUUUAUAAAAAGUACAAAGAAACUGAAUACCUGAAUUUUUUUAAGGCCAAACAUGUCUUUUCAAAGUAAGAUUAAGUAAUUAAUCAAAAUAUAUGGUCAUUCAACAUAGGUUUUUGAAUAAUUUGGUCUCGAAUAAAUAAAUGUUGUAUUUUUUAUUUUAGAAUUAAAAUAAGUAUCUCAUUUCUAAGCAACAUAAUGCAACCUCAAGAUUGUCAGCUAUCCUAGUGGUCUCAAACUGGCCACAUGCAGCCCCCAAACCAAUUUUAUGUGGCCUAUGAAGACAUUUCAGUACUUACAUGUUAUUGUAACAACUUAGUGAAAAUAGCCAAAGCUUCAGAAUGUAAUUAGGCAGGUGCUUUUUUUUUUUUUUUUUUUUUUUCCCCUUAAAAUGCGCUUGAAAAGUGCUUAUAGGUGCUUAUUUUUUUAACUAAAAUGUGGCUACGAACUCUGUUUUUGAAUCUGUCAUGAAGACCUGCGUUUAAGAGCCUUUAUUAGCUAAAUUUGUAUAUUUAAUUACUUCAGGCUCUGUUUUCAUAAGCUUUCAUUUAUUAAGAUGACAUUUAUAUUAUUAAAGAAUGUAAGAAAGCAAAAUAUCGUAAUUUAUAAGUUAAUAUAUACCAAGAGACAAAAAAAAUCUCAUGACUGGGUAGCCGACCAUGGCCCUCGGAGGGUUAAUCUUGCCACCGGCAUUCAGUUUACAAUGUAAAGCACAAAGUAAGCAACGAACUUCGUAACUAACAUCCAUGCAGAAAUAAGCCAUGAGAAAUAUUCUCUCAACAAUCAAAAUCACACAUUACAACCAAUCACAUCGUAGUAGGUUUUCCGAAAAGUACCCAGGUUGCCAUAAGUGAAAUAACAGCUUGGCGAUAAUCCAAGUGGUACCCCAAAAUAUAGACUACCCUCGAAAAGUUCCUAUAAUCUCGUGUAUGAAUCUAAAUCAAUAUUUUCAGAAAUGCUUAAGUGUAGCCUUUAUUUAAGAAAGUAUGAAAUCAAACAUUUCAAAUAAAUGAAGCAAAAAGAAUUCUUAUGUUAUUUGUGUAUAAAAUUGCAUUUAUUUAGUUAUUUUAUUAGUUUGAAGAUUUGUUAAAAGAUACAGUUGUUGAUGUUUUAAAUUUCAUUUUGAAGAUCAUGCAUGUAAUUUAUUCCUGUUGAUAUUCUAAUGUAGAAAAUAUUUUAGAAGAAAGUUAUUUUUGUGUGUGUUACUUUUCAUCUUCAUAACAGGAUUGUGUGUCUUUUCUGCUUUGUUUUUAUUUGUGCUGAAGGGAUAAUUUAUAAUUUUUUAAUUGGUAAUUUUAUUUCCCCUCCUCUUUUAUAGCAUUGUUCCUUUUGUAGAUAUUACUUUUCAUUUGAGAGCUAAAGAGCAUAUACAUUUAUUUUAUUUUCUAGUAUAGUUAUUCAUCUCUCGCUAUGGUUAGUGUAGUGUGAUAUGUUGAAAGUCACAUUCAGUCAGAUAAUUUAUUAACUUCUUGUUUAUCUGCAUUAUUGUUCAUUCAUCUACUGAUUUCUCUUUUGGUAAGAAAUAUGUAUUCUGUUAUUAAAAAUAUAAAUUAAUAUAUAAAGUGUUAAUAUAUAAAGUGUAUGUAAGAAUGCAUGAAUAUUCUGAGAAAGGGAAAUUUCAUAUUAAGCUUUUGUCCAACAACUAUAGGCUGUCAAAAUUAGUUUUUCUUGUCUUUUGUUUGUUCAAAGCUUCCUUUGUGUUUUAAAUGUGUUUGUGUUACAUAAUUGUGAAGUAUGAUUUAAAAAAAUAUUAUAUGUAUUGAACAAAUAUAUAUGUGUGAAAUUUAUCAGUCUUGGUAUUGGAUCUGUUUUGUAUCAUAAUUUAUAGCCUGUGAUUUUCAGAUUAUUUAUAAUUGGAAUAAUGAGAUGUAAAUAACAGUGAAUCAUUCACAUGGUUUGUAACUUAAAAAAGAAGAUACAUAUGCUGAUGUAAUAUCCUAGAUUUUGUAUCUAACGCAAAAUAUUUGUGUUUUUGUUAAACAAGUUUAUUUGAAUAAUUUUUUAUUUACAUGUUAUAGAUUUUUUAGUAUCAUUUUCUGGUUUGUUUAAGCUCGCUUAGAGUUGCAAAUGUAGCUGUUAUAUAUUAAUUUAAAUAAUAAUUAUUUUAUAGACGGAAAAGGAUGAAGAGCCACCAUGCAUGAAAACUGGGAUUGUGGGUCAUGGUUUAUUUUUUAUAAUUAAGUCUGGGAAAUUCAUUCUAUCAUAAGAAGUCAUACUCUGGUUUUGACUGUGCAUUGUUUCAGUUGUGUUUGGUUUUCUUUUUAUUGAUUGAGCAGUUCUUUUCAUAUGGUCAUAAAAUUUUACAGUGUAUUUGUGAAUACAUGUUUAAAAUUUGUUCUCUGACAUUUACAAAUUAGCAUAAUUUAUUAUACAAAUGCAUUUAAUGAGCAUAAAUGUAGCAUAUACUAAAAUUUAUAAAUAACACGCAUGUACAUUUUGAUAAGCUAAAACUGAAAUGAAGGGAGAAUUCAAGUUAUCAGCAUUUCAGCUUUGAUCAAAGAAAGUUAAUAUACAUUUGAAUUUUGACAUUCAGGUGAACUUGUGGAAAUUUUUGGCUUAUCUGAGUUUUGUUGUAGAGUAAAAACUGAAUAAAAUUUGAAAAAUUUAUCCUUGCUCCCUAAAAUAAUUUUUUGUAAUGCAUAAAAAGAUCAAAGUAAUCUAGUUUGAUAAGUUCUGUGUUAUAUGUAAAGGAGAAAGACAAAGAAAAAUUCACCAUCACAUUUAAGACAUGAAAAUUAAUAAAGUAUGAAGGUUGAAUUAAAUAUUAAGUUUAAUGAACAUUCUUUCUUUUGAAUUGAAUAUAUAGGAAUGUGGUCUUAAUAAAAUGACAUUCCUUUUCUAAAUAAUAAUUUUAUGAGUUCUUGCAUUUUUGUUUUAUGGAGUGUAGACAAAUAAAUUAUUAGGAUAUGAAAUUGUGUGCAGCAAGGGCAGAUUAACUAAUAGCAAGUGGUGGAGGGGAGGGAGAAUAAAUAAGUAUGCUUGCUAUAUUUAUUGGGAAUUUUCAACAAAUUUAACCCAUUUGUUUUUGUUCAAAUGUAUAAUUAAUGAGUUUAGAACUUUUUGCAAUGAAAUUCUUUUUUAUGAAUUUGUAUGUUACUAGGUUUGUUCAUUCUCACGUGCUGUGAUGUUUUUAGGAUAUAGCAUUUAUGUAUAUCUGAUUCAUUUCUGUUCCCUCUUAUGCCAAAAAAGUUGCAGAAAGGUACAUUAUUCUGUAUACAGUAAGAUGAGCUAUGUAAUGGUAACAUAAUUAGCAAAGCAUUUUAUCAGCAUAUGACAGAAAUAAUGAAGGACAAUAUGUGAUAAUUGAUUAUAAAAUUUUAUUUUGUUUGCUUUGCCAAGAGGCAAGAAUCUUGUAAUAAUUUAACUUGCUACACUGAAGUGAAUUUAAAAGUGGUAUAUUUUCAUGUAAUAUUCUUUGCUUAAAUUUGGUUAUAAAUUUUCAUUGUUAUAUUAGUAGUAUGAUUUAUGGUAGGAAAAAGUAAAUAUUUAGCACAGCUUAUCCAUAUGUUAAUUAUGCAGACAAAUUAAGGAAAGGCAUGUAAUUAAUAUUAAUUUUUAUAUUGCCAUCUAAAGAUACAGGUAUUAUCCAGGUUCUCAUAAGUAUAGAGGUGCAUAUUAUUUUUGGAGAUUAUAUGUAGGGAGUGGUCUCAAACUACAAAAGCCUUAGGGCCCUUGAUUAGACUAAGAUAACUAGGUGAAAAUAUUCCCUUUCCUCUUUGUUUAUGAUCUAUUUUAUCCCUUAUAAAAUUCUUAUACUACAUUCAUUUGUGAGCCUGAUUUGAGUCUUAUCUGAAAUAUAAUUUUAUUCAUACCUACACACACAUACAUAAUAACCAUUAGGAGCUAGUUAGUAGAUAAUAUAGAGGAAGGAAAAUGUUUUUAAUAUUGGCUGUAGUUAUGUAGAUAACCUCUUUCUUCCUGCUGAAUGAGAUUUCUUAUAAAUGCAGCAAAUUUUAGAAACAUCUGCUUGAUAUAAUUAGCUGGCCAAGAGCAAUGAGAGAAUGAUUUGUCAUCAGAUGAACAACAUGCUUGGUAUGAAGCAUUAACUUUAAAAUGCCAUCUAAGAUAUAGCCUCCUCUUUGAUUUUGGUAAUAAUUAAAACAUUUUUUCCUCAUAGAACAGCUGCUGGAAGUGUGUUAAAUGCAUUUAAAUUAAAUACAGAAAAUUAAAAAAUAUAAAGUAGAUAUGAAAAAUGGUUAUUCAUUUCAGUAAGAACUUUUUCUUUCCCAUUUAAAUUUCAUGCAACUUAUUUCUGUUAUCUGAGAUAUGCCUUGCUCAAUUUAUGUUUUUCUGGGGGACGAGUAAAAGUACUUGUAGAGGUUUUAAAAGAUUUUUAACAGAUGAAUGUAUCAUUUGAUCAGCUGCUUUUGCAUUUGUCACACUGCAUAUAAAUUAUUUAAAAUUACUUAAUGAAUAGAGGCCCUUUCGAUGUAUUUUGUUGCUUUAUAUAAGGGGCGAUCAAAAAGUUUCCAUUCGAAGGUGGUAAAGUUCCGAUUUGGUAUGCCAACUAUGUAAAAUUGCCUGAAACACAUAGGCAAUCAUCCCAUUGCUUUACCAGAUUAAAUAUAACGGUUAAGUAAAACUCCUUUUUCUGCUGCUUGAACUCCAAAAUUGCUUGCUGUACAUUUCCAUUCGACUGGAACCGUUCAAGGACUUUUUUAAGGGUGGUGCCUUAAAAAAGGCAUGAUAAUCGCAUGGGCAGAAAUCACGACUGUGAGGCAGGGGCUCGAGUGUCUCCCACUUUAGUGUGUAUAACUUUGACAUUACGAGAUUUCGAUAUGGGGCUGUGUAUUAUGAUCCCAUUCCGCAUUUUCCCCGGACAUUUCGCAGUACCGUUCCCCAGUGAUGGUGACAUCUGGAUCCUUGAAAUCAGUGGGUAAUGGAAACCAAAUAACAGGAUAAACAUCACGUUUUCCUCACAUGAUUGGCUCUUGAACUUCUUGGGACGAAGGAUGACACCACUGCAUAGUCGACACUUUCGACUCAGGUGCCCGAUGGUUGCACCAGCUUUCACUGCCUGCAACAGUGUGCUCAAGGAAAGUUGCCACCAACAUUGAAACACAUGAGAUGCUCCAGGCAAACAGCCAUCCGGUUAGAUAUUUGUUCGGAAUCCAACGCUCAGGGUAUCCACUGGCUGCAGAUCUAACGGUAGCCUAACUCCUGCCCAGUAAUGCUUAUGUCGGGAUCCUUUGAGAUGCACAAAGCGAUAUGCAGCGUUCCGCCCUACAUCAACCACCCACUUGUUUUUGUCUGUAAUGGAUGUGGAGGGCCUCCCAGAUCGAAUUGCAUCGUAAGAUGAAUUCCGAAUCAUCACUGAACAUAGAGCACUAUUCCACAACGGUGGUUUUGACAGGUAUGCUUCUUUCUCUGAGAAAUGUGUACCGAUUUUUGGCUUUCGGCAGCCAAAAAAGAAUAGCAGCAUGUUGGUUCUGUUUGAACAUAUAUGGUAAUAACAUUGCCACUGUUAACAUUCGAGCAUCUCCACACACCCUUUGAAAUAGAGAAAUACCAUAGUAAUAACAUCUGCAUUGGCGCUGUGCUACUUUGCACGUACACUGCAGCGAUGCCCCUAAACGAAAUUUUUUGAUUGCCCCGUAUAUUUAAACCUUGGGAUGAGACAUGCGAGUUUUAAUGUCUUGCUGUUAUAUCAACACAUUGACUGUCGUGGAGGUCACCGGUGGCUGGCACUCGACUUGACUACAGCGCCAUGGGGGUCACCGGCAACGCGACCAAUAGUAAAAAUACUUAAAGGAAAUAUCGAUACUGAUAAAUUUUUAAAUACCAUUGUUACUACAAUGGUUUGAACAAUAAUAAAUAGCAAAAAAUGGUCUACAGAGCCACGGAAAUCACGGGGGACCCCUAACACGAAAAAUGUAUUAAACACGAUUAUAUAACUCACCUUAUCUUCUGUAGAUAAUACUUCAAUAUAAUAUACAUCGCAUAAUAAAAAAAUUCUUGUUCAUGGUAAACCAGGUAAUAUGCGCUCGACAGUCAACGUGUUAACUGUAAUCUGUUUAGAUUUAUCAAAAUAAUAUAAAAUAAAAUUAUAUGUUUUAACCUCUUCUUUUUUUUUUCUUUUAAAGUUAAAUGUAAAAAUUUGUUUAAGCUGUCCACCUUGAAAAAAUUUUCAUCAAAUCCUUAAUUUACAUGUUAUUCCUUGAUAAAAUGUGUUUUCUUUUAUGAGAUUUACUUUUUUUGAUUCAUAACUGAAUCAUGAAAGUGUCAUGAUUGUAAUUGAAAUAAAAAUUUUAUUUUUUGAACAA